UUUUUUUUUUUUCUUUCUCUUUUUGGUGUUCCUCUGUUCCCCUCUGUGUAGGCAGCCAGAAGAGUGCAGGAGUGGGAGGGAAGCAGACACAGACGCCGAGCACAGCGAGAGAGACAGAGACAGAGAAAGAGACAGAGUUUUCUUUAGGAAGUGAAGCACGGCAGAAGAGGACGAGAAUCUUUUUUUUUUUUUUUUUUUUUUUUUUGUUGUUGUUUUGUUGGGUUUGUCUUUUCCCCCUUACCAUUAGAACAAUCAAAACAGGACAAGUCUGACCUAAAGUAGACAUUUCUUCUACUUCUGAGGACAAAACAAAAUUACCUUUUUAUACGUUUCUUUUGGUUUCAUACGUAGUCUUUCUCCCACACGUUGUGUGCGCUUUGCUUUCAGCAGAAGGACUUCUGCAGCAGUAGCAGCAGCUUUGUAAAGGGAAGGAAAAAACAACAACAACAAUCUCUUAAGGACAGGCAGUUAAAGGAGUUUUACGGAGCUGUGGAUCAGUCAUGCCCAUGAGAGGCUGUAGGGCAUGGAAUUGGGCACUGCUAUUGUGUGGUGCCCUGUUUGCCCACCGUGCCACAGCGUGCCCGGCACUGUGCACCUGCAGCGGCACCACCGUGGACUGCCACAACCUGGGGCUCAAGAGCAUUCCCAGGAACAUCCCAAGGAACACUGAGCGACUGGAACUGAACGGAAAUAACUUCACCCGCAUCAACAAGAAUGAUUUUAGUGGACUCAAAUACCUCCGUGUUCUGCAGCUGAUGGAAAACCAGAUUGGAGCCAUCGAGCGGGGGGCCUUUGAUGACAUGAAAGAACUAGAGAGACUACGUCUAAAUAGGAACCAACUCUACCAGCUGCCAGAGCUACUGUUCCAGAAGAAUGCUGCUUUGUCACGACUAGACUUAAGUGAGAACUUCAUACAGGCCAUUCCCCGCAAGGCCUUCCGGGGGGCUACAGAUAUCAAGAACCUUCAGUUGGACAAAAAUCACAUCGGCUGUAUUGAAGAUGGAGCAUUUCGGGCACUUAGAGGGUUGGAGGUUUUAACACUAAACAACAACAACAUCAGUGCCAUACCGGUGUCGAGUUUUAACCACAUGCCCAAGCUGAGGACGUUCCGUUUGCACUCAAAUAAUCUGAAUUGCGACUGCCACCUGUCCUGGUUGUCCCAGUGGCUGCGUCAGAGGCCAACGCUUGGUCUGUUCACACAGUGCUCAUCUCCACCACAGCUCCGUGGGAUCAACGUAGCCGAGAUCCAAAAACACGAGUUCAGUUGUUCAGGUCAAUCAGAGAAUUCCAGCCCUCAGACAUGCAAUCUUGCUUCUGGCUCCUGUCCUGCCAUGUGCACCUGCAGCAAUAACAUAGUUGACUGCAGGGGUAAAGGACUAACGGCCAUCCCGGCCAACUUGCCUGAAAACAUGGCUGAAAUACGACUGGAACAGAACGGCAUCAAGUCCGUCCCACCAGGAGCGUUUUCGCCUUACAAGAAGCUUCGCCGAAUUGACCUCAGCAACAACCAGAUCUCUGAGAUUGCUCCUGAUGCCUUUUUAGGCCUGCGUUCCCUCAACUCUUUGGUACUGUAUGGGAAUAAGAUCACCGAGUUGCCCAAAGGAGUGUUUGACGGCCUCUAUGCCCUACAGCUGCUACUACUUAAUGCCAAUAAGAUACACUGUGUUCGUGCUAAUGCAUUCCAAGACUUGCAGAAUCUUUCUCUGCUGUCUCUGUAUGACAAUAAGAUCCAGACUUUGGCCAAGGGCACCUUUGCUUCUCUGCGUGCCAUUCAGACACUUCACCUGGCCCAGAACCCAUUUAUCUGUGAUUGUAACCUCAAAUGGCUAGCUGACUAUCUUCGUGCCAAUCCCAUUGAGACGAGUGGAGCACGGUGUGCUAGCCCACGCCGCCUUGCUAACAAGCGCAUUGGCCAGAUCAAGAGCAAGAAGUUCCGCUGUUCUGCCAAAGAGCAGUACUCCAUUCCAGGCACAGAGGACACCAGGUUGAACAAUGAAUGCAACAAUGAACCAGUCUGCCCAGCCAAGUGCCGCUGUGAAUCCAACGUGGUGGACUGCUCCAAUCUGCGCCUCACCAAGAUCCCUGAACACAUCCCGGCUUCCACCACCGAGCUCCGCCUGAACAACAAUGAAAUCACUUCUCUGGAAGCUAACAGCGCAUUCAGGUCUCUGACACAGCUGAAGAAAAUAAACCUCAGCAACAAUAAGAUUACUGAAAUUGAAGACGGUGCGUUUGAGGGCGCUUCGUCUGUCUCUGAGCUUCACCUGACGGCCAAUCAACUUGACUCCGUGCGCAGUGGCAUGUUCCGGGGUCUUGAAGGGCUUCGGAUGCUAAUGCUGCGCAACAACCGCAUCAGCUGCAUCCAUAACAACAGCUUCACCGGCUUGUACAACGUUCGUCUACUGUCCCUCUACGACAACCAACUGACCACAAUCUCACCUGGAGCUUUUGACACCCUUCAGACCCUCUCAACCCUGAACUUGCUAGCCAACUCCUUUAACUGUGAUUGCCGGUUAGCAUGGUUGGGCGACUGGCUGAGGACUCGCAAGAUUGUCACUGGCAAUCCGCGCUGUCAGCGUCCUGCUUUUCUGAAGGAGAUUCCACUACAGGAUGUGGCUCUACCAGAUUUCCGCUGUGAAGAUGGCCAAGACGAUGCCAGCUGCUUACCACGCCCACAGUGCCCGAGCGAGUGUACUUGCCUGGAGACAGUGGUCCGCUGUAGCAACAAACACCUUCAUUCCCUCCCUAAAGGGAUCCCGCGUAAUGUAACAGAGCUGUACCUGGACGGCAACCAGUUUAGUGUCGUGCCAAAAGAGCUUGCCACCUUCAAGUAUCUCCAGCUGGUUGACCUGAGCAACAACAAAAUCAACGUCUUGACAAAUUCGUCUUUCGCAAACAUGAGCCAGCUCACCACCUUGAUCCUGAGUUACAACGCGCUUCGUUGCAUUCCGACGCUGGCUUUCGCAGGACUCCGUUCUCUCCGUCUGCUGUCCCUGCAUGGUAACGACAUCUCCGAGUUUCCUGAUGGGAUCUUCAGUGAUGCAGUCUCUCUGUCUCACUUAGCCAUCGGUGCGAACCCACUGUACUGUGACUGUCGCUUGCGUUGGCUCUCAGACUGGGUGAAGACAGGCUAUAAGGAGCCGGGCAUCGCUCGCUGUACUGGGCCGCCUGAAAUGGAGGGAAAGUUACUCCUCACCACGCCAGCCAAGAAAUUCGAGUGUCAUGGUGAAGCUGACCCGUCUGUCCUGGCAAAGUGUAACCCGUGCAUGUCUAACCCCUGUAUGAACCACGGCACUUGCCAGCUAGAUUCAGCAGAACUGUAUAAGUGCACGUGUGUAGAAGGCUUCAAGGGGAAGAACUGCGAGACUGCCCUCAACGCCUGCAUUAGUAACCCGUGUGCUAAUGGUGGAACGUGCCAAGUGACUGAAGAAGAAGAUAGCUACAUUUGUUCAUGUCCGCUGGGAUUCGAAGGCCAAAGAUGUGAAAUUAACAUCGAUGACUGUGAGGACAACGACUGCGAGAAUGGAGCAACCUGCAAAGACGGUGUGAACAACUACACAUGCUUGUGUGCACCUUAUUACAUAGGAGAGAUGUGCGAAGAACUGGAAGACGUGUGUGCUCCUGAACGCAGCCCCUGCAAGCACCAAUCAACCUGUCUUAUUACAGCAGCUGGCCCAAAGUGUGUGUGUGCGCCUGGGUAUGUAGGAGAUGACUGCAGUGUGGACUAUGAUGACUGUCAGGAACACAAGUGCCAGAACAAUGCAGAGUGUAUAGAUGAGAUCAACGGUUACUCUUGUGCUUGCACCCGAGGCUACAGCGGGCAGCUGUGUGAGGUGGCUCCUGCACCUCGUUCCCCCUGCCAGCUGGCUGACUGCCAGAAUGAUGCACAGUGCGUGGAGCGAGCAGGACGGGCACUGUGCCAGUGUCUGCCCGGCUUUGGCGGACCGCGCUGUGAGAAGCUGGUCAGUGUCAAUUUUGUGGACCGGGACUCAUAUCUACUGCUGAGCGACUUGAAGAACUGGCCUCAGGCCAACAUCACCUUGCAGGUGUCCACUGCAGAGGACAAUGGCAUCCUCCUGUAUAAUGGAGACAAUGAUCACAUUGCUGUGGAACUCUUCCAAGGUCAUGUCAAGGUCAGCUACGACCCAGGCAGUCAACCCGGGCAUGCCAUUUACAGCACAGAGACUAUUAACGACGGUCAGUUCCACACGGUGGAAUUGGUGACAUUUGACCAGAUGGUGAACCUGUCGAUCGACGGCGGUGUGCCCACUACCAUGGGCAGCGUGGGAACAGAGAGGCCCCUCAAUGGAGACGCUCCGCUAUACGUGGGGGGUAGGGGCCCAGCGCAGAUACCUCGCUCCACUGCAGGCAUGCCCGUUGAUGUGCACUCCUCCAUAGCUCCACGAGCAUGGCACAUUCAGAACGGUUCCAGUUUCCAUGGCUGUAUUCAGAACCUGUACAUCAACAACGAGCUGCAGGAUUUCACCAAGACCCAGAUGAAGCCUGGCGUGGUGCCCGGCUGUGAGCCUUGUCGAAAGAUUUACUGUCUGCAUGGAAUCUGUCAACCAGAUGCCGCUCUUGGCCCUGUUUGCCAUUGUCAGCCAGGCUGGAGCGGUCAGCACUGUGAUCAGCCCAAUGCCAACCCAUGCCAGGGCAACAAGUGUGUACAUGGAAAAUGCAUCCCGCUGGACAUGCAGUCCUACCGCUGCGAAUGCCAGGAAGGUUACCGCGGUGCUCUGUGUAACCAGCAUGGAGAACUCUUCAACCCUUGCCGAAGGUUACAGUGCAAGCACGGCCGGUGCCAGAUUUCAGACACGGGUGAUGCGUACUGCCACUGUGAUAGCGGAUACACUGGAGAAUUGUGUGAUCAAGAGUCAGAGUGUCGCGGUGAGGCAGUGCGGGACUUCUACCAGGUGCAGCGCGGCUAUGCGAUCUGUCAGACGACACGCAUGCUGUCGUGGGUGGAAUGCAGUGGAGCAUGCCAGCCAGGAGCCUGCUGUGCCAGCCAGAGGACCAAGCGCCGCAAAUACACAUUCGAGUGCAGCGAUGGCACCUCGUUCAGCGAAGAGGUGGAAAAAAGCAUCAAGUGCGGCUGUGUGGGCUGCAUGUAGUGCAGAGAAGAGAGGCAGAGAGUUAGGAAGAGAUAGGCAGAAAGAGAGAAAGGCAGAGAGAUAAAGAAAGAAAGAGAGAUGACACGAGUCAGAGAGUAUACAGAAAUAUAUAAUAAAACUAUAUAUUAUGGACAACGUUUGUAAAAUAGAGGACUUUUUUCUCCCUCCGUGAACUCCAAAAGGGUGUACGGCAUAAGACAGAGCCAAAAAAAAAAAAAAACAACAACAAAAAUACACAAAAACAAACAAAAGUAUGUUGUAUCUGUGAAACAAAAAAAAACCCACGGUGGCUGAGAAGUCAUGAGGUGUCGCACGAUAUCCAUUCGUUUCCUUCUUUCCAUCCAUUUGCUAGGCCUCAGUUAGCCUCAGAGCAACCAGCAGAGAGGUUAAAGCUUUCUCGGGUUGAGCACUAGAGAAGCAUGUGGAUGAAGAAACGAGGCUUUUUUCCUUUCUGCAUAAGCAGCGCAGGGGCUGUCCCCUUUGUAAAUGAGUGUCUCGGUAACACCAAUGACGCACAGUCUCACCACUGUCAAUAACACUGAACUUUUCUAUAAAGUACCUCUACAUCUACAUACACACACACGCACACACACAUCUACAGACAUAAUCUAUAUUAUAGACGAUGUAUACUGACUAAUCGACCGUACUGGACCAUGUCCAAACAAGUACAGCAUUAGAUAUGAUGCUUCAGGCAUGUUGGGCUAACAAGUGAGUAGCUUUGAGAAGCUAGAGAAAAAAAAAUCAUCCAGAGAGAGCAGGACAAGAGAUAAUAUCUUAGAGCAUGUGCUCCUAACAUCCGAGCUAAACAAAGCUAGCUACCUGUUGUGCUUAGCCUCGCAUUAACGGUAUUGAGAGCACAACCUUCUGGUGCCAUUAACUUGUACAUCGACUUACACAAGAGGGUUUAUCAACAUUCAGAAUCUUCCACAGAAUGUCUUGUGAAGGUUUGGGCCCUAGAUCUUUUUAUAUCUUCACGCUAAUACGUGGAUGAUAGUUUUCUUACCCCCCCCCCCCCCCCCCCCCCAGUGUGUUUCUUGCACAUUUGUCUUACAGUGUAAACGGAACGUAUAUUCAGAUGAUAGUACUGAAAAAAAUCUAAUUAAAACAACAUCGUGGUGACCAUCACCACACAAGAACUGUCGUUAAAGUUUUCAAGACCCCAAAGUAAAGUCAAUUGUGUUGCUUCUUUAGUUCGUAUCAAUGAAUUCUGGUAGGUGUUUAAUGAAUAGCGCUUUUCGUUUUCUUUCCUCCUCAGGAUUCUCCAUAUACGCCACUGUAUUUGUACAGCUGAGUGCUAUUACUACAUCAGACACUAUACACACCAGCCGAUAGUGUUGCGUGAACACCGUUUACCCAGCAUGCAUUGCGUUUCCCUUUCCCUCAAUGUGAGCAGAAGGAAUCUUAUGUCCUCCUCUCGAAGCCUGCAGUAUUACUUGUGCAAAUUUUUUUUUGUGCAUGUUUGAAAAACUAAUCUAAACAUCGUUAUUACUCGUUUUUUUUUUUUUUUUCUAAUUUCAAUGCUUUUUCGCAUUGCUUUCUUUGACAUUUUGUUUCCUGAUGUAACCUAACUCAUUUAGCCCUCUCUUUAUAGAGAAAUGCCUAACAGAUUCUAAUAUAUAUUUGUAUUUUUUUCUUUUGGUAUAGUAUUUUUAUAUGUUAAAAGAGUUAAGCUGUGUUGUUGUUUUUUAUUUUUUAUUUUUAUUUUAUUUUUUUUUUUGGAAGUUACAGUACUGUUGGAAAAAAAAGGCAGAAUGACAUUUGGCAGACUUUAUUUUAUUUUAUUUUUUUUUUUAACUCUACUUAUAGCAAGCUAAACUAGAUUGAAAUUGGCCAAGAUAAAAUAAAAAAAAUCCCAAUGGCCUCGUUCUAAUAGGAGCCAGUAUUGAUUUAGGGGAAAAUUUAAUCUUGUAUAUGUUGUCUUCCAUUUGUAUAUUACAUCUAAUACUGUGUUGUUGUUUUUUAUUAUUUUUUUUUCUUCAUUUUAAUUUAUUUUAUCUAAAGCCUUCCUGCUCUAGAAGUGGCAAAAUAACGUUACAGAUUUGAGGAAAAAAAAAUUCUUCCUUUCUUUUUUUUAUUUUUAUUUUUUUCAAAUGAGCAUCAAAAUAAAAAACCUUUCUUUAAACCUUUGUAUUUAUGAUAUCGACAUUAUUAUUAUUAAAGCUAGAAAGGGCUGCCUAACACAUUCCGGUUUCCCAAACCAGAGAGUUGAGAGGCUUAAACACAACUGCGAGCAGAAAAGAUUGUACCUCUGACUUUUUUGUUGUUAUUAUCAUUUUUUUUGUAGAGUUUAACUUGUGUUAUUACUUUUGUUUCCCAAAAAAAUCCCUACACAGAAUGCAUAUUUAAGGUUACUCUGUGCUAAUUGCUUGCUCGGUCAGCAUCACCCAAGCAUAGGUGCCAACAUCACAGACUUUUUUUUUAUAGCGGCCUACUCUUUAGUGAAGUGCUUUUAGGACUGACUUUUAACGUGUCUGCUAUCUGAAAGUCAUUUCCUUUUUUUUUAUUAUUAUUUUGUUUUCUUUUUGUGAAUGGUGACACAUUUUAUCCUGCAUUUUUCUGCUACUGUGGAAGCUUAAGCACUCGUUUUUAUAACCCCGUUCAAGCCUUGUCCUCUCAUAGUGCUUCUUCUUUACUGAACAGCGCGGCUGUUAGAUGUAAGUGAACUCUUAAUCCAUGAAGGUGUGUUGCAUGGUUUCAAUGCACUUUCCAUGCUUUCCGUCUCGCUCUCCAGUCAUUUUCCCCUCAAGACUUUAAGAUCCUGUCAUAAACCCUCUAUUUUCCUAAGCUAUACUCCUGAACAUGUAUUGUGAACAAUGCAGUGUUUCUGUUGUACUGAUUUUUUUUUUAAGUGCUGCAAGAGCUCUUAAAUGUUCGCUAACUAUCAAAUGUGCUUCUGUUGCUUUUUGUGCGUCUCUGGGAUUCGAUGGUUAUAAUUGAUCAUUGCAGUAAAUCUGAAUGUAAGUAGUGCCACCGACAAAAUGUUUACCGAAAACUCCACCCUUUUCAUUCAUUAAAAAUGUGUGUGCUUUUAUUAUGUAA